GAACAUUUUGGCAGUGUACACAAGUCAUUCAUGUAUAUAUCCAAGUUCUCAUCGAAAACCUUUCGAUUGCAAAUGAGUGAAUAAUUUGAAGUUCACUUCGAUCAGCUCCAGCUGUGUGGCCCACGUAAAUUUACUUGGUAUUUCGGCCAUAAGAAAUAAAUAUUCCAAUCACAGCUCAUAAAAUUCGGAAAAAAACAUUCGUUUAUGUGACGCAAUCAGCAUACAAAAUUAAAUAUCAUUGAUAACUAACUAUUUCGAAAAGUAGAUAUUGAUUAGAAUUUCCAAAGGCCACUGUAUAUUUUCGGCGCACAUAGUUGCCGCACAAAGAACGUCAUUGACAUUGAUUGUACUAACAAAAGUCGUAAAAUCAUCAAAAUCUCUGAAAAGUCAUAAAAAAAAUUCGAUUAUCUAAAUAAGUCUUACUAUACCGCUAGAAUUCGUUUCGUUGCAAUUUUCAAAACUUGGUGCUUCGGUGGUGUUGCCAUCUGUGAUUCAAACAUUGGAAUUGUGAACUGUCACACACACACACGGGACGAGCCGUCAAAGUCCGCAUAUAGUUUAUUAUCAACGAAGAAAAUUCUACCAAUGAUUCGGCAUAUGUGACCUUCAACAAGGUGACCGAUUUCGUACAGCUCACCAAGCAGUGCUUUACUCGCUCUCGGCGUGAAUGCAUCAAUUUUAUUAAAAGCUCACGCGCGGUGUACAUUCAGAAGUAUACUCUAAAAGUGUUUGAUUACGGCUACAUCAUUUUCGUUCAAAGAUUUUUUCGUCUUGAAACGUGAAUUUUUUUUCUCACGUUAAAAUUCAAUUUAAACAAAACGCAUCGAUUCUCUGAAUCAAAUUCAAUUGUUGAUUAACGAGUAAUUAAGGAGGGAAAAAGUAAGAAAAAUCUUUGAAAAUGACGACGCCUCAGUCAGAUAUUGAAAAGCGAAAACAGAUUAGUGUUCGUGGUAUUGCUCAAGUUGAAAAUGUGGGUGAAGUAAAGAAAGGUUUCAACCGUCAUCUUCACUACACUUUGGUGAAAGAUCGUAAUGUGGCGACACCACGAGAUUACUACUUUGCAUUGGCCCAUUGCGUGAAGGAUCAUAUGGUUUCACGAUGGAUUCGUACUCAACAAUACUACUAUGAAAAGGAUCCAAAACGUGUCUACUACUUGUCUUUGGAAUACUAUAUGGGUCGUGCAUUGCAAAAUACCAUGAUCAACUUGGGCAUUGAAGGUGCUUGCGAUGAAGCCAUGUACCAAAUGGGCUUGGACAUCGAAGAACUCGAAGAAUUGGAAGAGGAUGCCGGUUUGGGAAAUGGUGGUCUCGGUCGUUUGGCUGCCUGUUUCCUUGACUCCAUGGCUACACUCGGUUUGGCUGCUUAUGGUUAUGGUAUUCGUUAUGAAUACGGUAUCUUUGCCCAGAAAAUCAUUAACGGCGAACAACAGGAAGAGCCAGAUGAUUGGUUGCGUUUUGGAUGCCCAUGGGAAAAGGCUCGUCCAGAAUUCAUGCUUCCAGUCAAUUUCUACGGUCGUGUCAUCGAUACUCCAGAUGGCAAAAAAUGGGUUGACACUCAAGUCGUCUAUGCCAUGCCCUAUGAUAACCCAAUUCCAGGUUACCGAAACAACGUUGUCAACACACUUCGUUUGUGGUCGGCCAAGAGUCCAAUCGAUUUCAAUUUGAAAUUCUUCAACGAUGGUGACUACAUUCAAGCCGUGUUGGAUCGUAAUCUUGCUGAGAACAUUUCUCGUGUUCUGUAUCCAAACGAUAACUUCUUCGAAGGCAAGGAACUGCGUUUGAAGCAAGAGUACUUCAUGUGCGCCGCUACAUUGCAGGAUAUCAUUCGUCGUUUCAAAUCAUCGAAAUUCGGUUCACGUGAUGCCGUUCGUACCGAUUUCGCACACUUCCCCGACAAAGUGGCCAUCCAAUUGAACGAUACCCAUCCAUCGAUGGCUAUUCCGGAACUUAUGCGCAUCUUGGUCGAUGUCGAAAAAUUGACAUGGGAUCAAGCCUGGGACAUCACUGUACGCACUUGUGCCUAUACCAAUCACACCGUCUUGCCAGAAGCUUUGGAAAGAUGGCCAGUAUCGAUGCUCGAAUCAAUUUUGCCACGUCAUUUGGAAAUCAUCUAUCACAUCAACUUCUUGCAUUUGGAAAAAGUGAAGAAGAAAUUCGGCGAAGCCGAUUUCGAUCGUUUGGGUCGUAUGUCAUGUGUUGAAGAGCACGGUGAAAAGCGCAUUAACAUGGCUUUCUUGUCAAUUGUCGGAUCGCAUGCCGUUAAUGGUGUUGCCGCUUUGCACUCGGAAAUUCUCAAGGCUGAUUUGUUCAAGGACUUCUAUGAAUACGAACCAGAGAAAUUCCAAAACAAAACCAACGGUAUCACACCACGUCGUUGGUUGUUGUUGUGCAAUCCAGGUUUGAGUGAAAUUAUUUGCGAGAAAAUUGGCGAAAAUUGGCCAGUCCAUUUGGAACAAUUGGUUGGAUUAAAGAAAUUUGCCAAAGACCCCGCUUUCCAACAACAAAUCGCCAAAGUUAAGCAAGAAAACAAAGUGAAAUUGGCCGCUUUGCUCGAACGAGAGUACGGUGUGAAAAUCAAUCCAUCAUCAAUGUUCGACAUUCAAGUCAAACGUAUCCAUGAGUACAAACGUCAAUUGCUCAACUGCUUGCAUAUCAUUACAUUGUACAAUCGCAUCAAGCGUGAUCCAACCGCCAAUUUUACACCAAGAACCAUCAUGAUCGGUGGCAAAGCCGCUCCAGGUUAUUACACAGCCAAACAAAUCAUCAAGUUGAUCUGUGCCGUGGCCAAUGUUGUGAACAACGAUCCAAUCGUUGGUGACAAACUUAAGGUUAUCUUCUUGGAGAAUUACCGUGUCACAUUGGCCGAAAAAAUUAUGCCAGCCGCCGAUUUGUCCGAACAAAUCUCAACUGCCGGCACAGAAGCCUCGGGCACUGGUAACAUGAAGUUCCAAUUGAACGGUGCAUUGACCAUCGGUACAUUGGAUGGUGCUAACGUUGAAAUGGCCGAAGAAAUGGGCCGUGAAAAUAUCUUCAUUUUCGGCAUGAAUGUGGAUGAGGUUGAAGCACUCAAACGCAAAGGUUACAACGCAUACGACUACUACAACCGUAAUCCAGAAAUCAAACAAGUCGUCGAUCAAAUCUCAUGCGGUUUCUUCAGCCCGUCCAAUCCAAAUGAAUUCAAGGGCAUCACCGAUAUUCUUCUUAAAUGGGACGGCUACUUGUUGCUCGCUGAUUACGAAGAUUACAUCAAAACACAAGAUCUUGUUUCGAAAACCUAUCAGAACCAGAAGAAAUGGUUAGAAAUGGCCAUCCACAACAUUGCAUCGAGCGGUAAAUUCUCCAGCGAUCGAACAAUCGAAGAGUAUGCCCGUGAAAUCUGGGGAGUUGAACCAAGUUGGGAAAAAUUGCCAAAACCAACUGAACCUCGUGAUGCUCAAUAAAUUCGUUUAACCAUCACACUGCCAACUCAAUAGAGCAAUGAGAUUUUCAGUUACCAAAAACCAAUUCAACUCGGGUUCUAGUGAACCAAUUUCAGCACCAUCGAUUUUAACGUACCUAAACGUAGAACAACAUCGAUAAAUUAUUUAUAUUUUAAUUACUUGUUGUGUAAAUACCCAAACAAAAACAAAACAAAACGAUCGAAUUGAUUCCUGCAGAACGGGUCAUCAAGCAAUUCUGCUGGUGUUUAGAGACAUAAUGCAUCAAAAACAAAACAAAUUAUUUUUAAAAUGAAAUUGUUGUUGGUCUAUUUCGAAAAAAGACGUUAUAUUCAUGUUUUAUCACAUUUUAUCUGAUCAAUUGAUCUACUUUUUUUGUAAAAAUUUAUUCGUUCUUCUUUUUUAAACUAAAAUUAUUCAUCUUCUAUUUCAUUCGCUUCUACUAAAGAAUAAAAUUUAUAUUUAUAUAGAUAGCUUCUACUAAAGAAUAAAAUUUAUAUUUAUAUAGAGCUACUGUAAAGAAGAAAUGGAAAUAAUAAAUAAAGCAAUAAACUGGGCUAUCUGCCGAAA